AGUGGAGGUCUCGCAACCCCUUUCACACGUGUGGCUUUGUAAAAUAUAAAAGAUGGUUCGAGUUGGAAUCAUCUUCACUCUCUUCUCUUCACUGUCUCCAGUUAAGCAGCAGAACGUUCCAAUACCUUAAAAAAUGAAAUUCAUCAUUGCUCUUGCUUUCUUGGCCGUGGCACUUGCUGCACCUCAAGGAGAUAAGAAGCCCAUCGAAAUUGUGUCAUCCAACAGCGAAAUGAACGCCGAUGGCAGUUACUCCUUCAAUUUUGAGAGCGCCGAUGGCACCAAGGUCUCCGAAAGCGGCAGCCAGAAACAAGUUGGACCUAAACCAGAGGAUAUCGGUACCGUCUCCAAGGGAUCCUACUCCUACACCUCCCCCGAUGGCGUUGUUAUCACUGUCAACUGGACCGCUGAUGAGAACGGAUUCCAAGCCACCGGUGACCAUUUGCCAACUCCUCCCCCCAUGCCCGAACACGUCGUAAAGAUGCUCGCUGACUUGAAGGCUGCUGGUGUUCUGUAAGCAUUCCAAUUUCAGCAUUCAAUUGUACGUAUGUUCAUACUGCCCACGAUUUCUUACACUUCCCUGAUAAAUACAGCAUAAAUUUGUCGUGCUUGUAUCAUACAACAAUAUACUCUUAUGAAAGUAA